AUGGACAAAGACACGAGAAUUAUUUUCAUCGGUGGUGGCUGCUUCGGCAUUUCGACAGCAUAUCAUCUCGCACAGCGAGGCUACACUUCCAUUCGUGUCUUGGAUCGAUACCCUCCGCCCUCAUGUGAAGCUACCUCAACGGAUAUCAGCAAGAUCAUUCGCAGCGAUUACAACGAGCCCUUUGCCGCCAACUUAUCGAAGCCUUUCGUUGGGGGCUCUAUUGAAACAUGCAAGAAGCUCGGGGUAAGGGGUAUCGAGCGACUUACGCCAGAGAUGAUUCGCUCUCGCUUUCCUGUGGUUACUGGUAAUUUGGAAGGGUGGAAUUCCAGCGUUUGGAAUCCGACUGCUGGCUGGGCGGCUGCUGGUCAGGCUCUGGAGCGGAUGGCUAAUGCUGCUAUGGAGAAAGGCGUCCAGUAUAUCUCUGUAGAGACGAAGGGGCAUGUACGGCAAAUAAUAUUCGACGAGUCGACUGGUCAAUGCAAAGGAGCUUUUACUGCAGAUGGCACCAAACAUGAAGCCUACUUGGGCAUUCUCGCUGCUGGCGCGUGGACACCUUCUUUGCUAGAUAUGCACGGCCAGUUGACGGCCAAGGGCCAUGCUGUUGCCUAUAUCCAGCUUACUCCUGCCGAGACAAAGUACUAUUCCUCUUUCCCAAUCAAGGACAACCUUGAACUGGGCUACUUCUUCCCUCCACAAGAAGAUGGAAUCUUCAAGAUGGCCCACAGUCAGUUCAUUACCAAUAUGCAAACCAACAAAAACUCGAACAUCACUACUUCAAUCCCCCACACCUUUGUGCAGGCACCGAAUGACGGCCUCCCCCUGGAGAUCGAAGCUCAAAUGCGCCGUAACUUACGACGUGUCCUACCCGAACUGGCCGAUAGACCGUUCUGUUAUACGCCGCACGGGUUUACAUUCCUUCCCGUCAUUGGGAAGUAUGUGGCAGCCUUGCUCGAGGGAACACUGGCCCCGCAUAUUUUCAGCAAAUGGCAGUGGCGCGCUGGGCAGAAGGUUGAAGUCAAGAAUCUAGCCCACAUGGACCCUGAAUAG